AUGAGUGCAACACAAACAGAAACAAUCGAGCUACCCAGAGCCGAAACUUCUGACAAUGUGUUGCAGGACCCAACACCCCCCGAGCCCAAAUGGAUGUAUUUCAAAAUCCUCAGCGCAGGUGUAUCAUUCUUCGUCGCGGGAGUCAACGACGGAAGUCUUGGUUCACUGAUUCCCUAUAUAAUCCGCACCUAUGGCAUUGGUACGAACAUGGUAGCCGUGCUCUACGGCACAACCUUCGGCGGGUGGCUCAUUGCCGCUUUGACGAACAGCACAAUCACCCGACACCUAGACCUAGGCCCGAUUCUGUGUUUAGGAGCUGCUAUUCAGGUCCUGGCUCAUGUGCUCCGCGUCUGGGAGCCGCCGUUCGCUCUAUAUGUAGUGACGUUUUUCCUGGCGAGCCUGGGUCAGGCUUUCAAUGAUACUCAUGCCAACACGUUUGUUUCUACCUUGAUGGGCGCACAUCGAUACCUUGGCUUCAUCCAUGCUAUGUAUAUGGCUGGGUGUCUGGUUGGGCCAUUCGUCGCCACGGCAAUUGCGUCUGCGAAUACAGACUCGAUGUGGUAUAUUUUCUAUGCGUUCCCGCUUGGGGUUGGGACUGUGAACCUUGUGCUGUUGGGCGUAUCUUUCCGUGAUCGUAUGGCUGCACCGGCCGAUUUGAGGAGGAAGAGGGAGGAGGCAUCGUCACGGUCUGCUUGGAAAGAGAUUAAGGAUACGCUUUCAUCGCCUGGCGUUUGGUUGGUCAGCUUGUUUUUCUUCUUCUUCCUUGGUGCUUCAAUAACUGCUGGAGGCUGGAUGGUUGAAUAUCUCGUCAAAGUUCGAAACGGCGACGUUAAGGAAAUGGGAUAUGUCCCCGCUGGAUUCUUCGGAGGUGGGUUCUUGGGACGUCUGAUCCUCGCUGAGCCAACUCAUCGGCUGGGCGAGCGACGAAUGAUCUUCAUAUACGCGGUAUUAUGUGUGGGGUUGCAACUGGUGUUUUGGCUUGUCCCAAACAUUAUCACGGAAGCAGUGGCAGUCAGCUUGCUGGGCUUCUUCUCUGGUCCUUUUUUCGCAACAGGUAUCUCGGUAGGCACAAAGAUAUUCUCGCCUGAGAUCCGCUCCUCGGCCAUUGGUAAGUCAAGAAGUGUCUUGCUUCUUUCCUCAGACAAUAUGUGCUCAACAAACGAUACAGCUUUCGUCUUUGUUCUCGGCCAAGUUGGUGGCUCAGUCUUUCCUGCUCUGACUGGCAUCAUUGCUGGGAAAAAGGGGGUCCAAGUCCUGCAACCAAUACUUGUUGGUCUUCUUGGGGCGGCUGGUUUGAGCUGGUUGAUCCUGCCCAAGGAUGCAGCACUGCAUAGGGAAUAG